AUGUUUCUGGCGGAUUUUGGCAAAGCUGUCGGUUUUCUUUGCUCUCAAUUUCUUGUGUGUUUUGUCCAGGAGAAAAAAAAAAAAAAGAGGAAGGAGAAGGACUCAUCCCGCUGCCGUUGCACCGGCUAUCUGCAUGGUUAUAUCGUGAGAACACACAGUUUUUUUUUGUUAUUGUGGUUUUCUAGCUGCUCAAUGGCAAGUACGAGCAUCAAUGCGGAGAGGGAGUGUAGUAUUCCCGUCAUAAUGAAGGAGGCACUUCUUUUCUUUGCGUACGAGCACCCGGUGAUUGGAUCGCUUGAGUGCCUCGUGUGCAAGUUGCACUUAGAGGAAUGCUGUCUGGGAUGUCGCGGGAAGGGGAACCCUGUAGAAGAAUGCCACGUGGUACGUGGGACAUGUGAUCACACGUUCCACGAUCACUGCAUACAAAGUUGGUGCCGACAGCGGAGAGAGUGCCCGGUGUGUUUUAAGGAGUGGGUUCCAGCAACAUAUGUCCAACGCACAUGA